UCAAAAUCGUUGACAGUCUAAGAUCAUACUCAAACUGGAAUAGACGCAACAAUGGCAGAGUCUGAUAACGAUAUACCUGGUGGGAAUAUCUUCAAGCAAGCAUGGGUGACCAUUACAUCAUUUUUCGGCAGCUUCUUAUCCAGUGAUGAUGACGUCAUUGAUGAAACGACUGGGCUUACCAAGCAGCAGAAGGCUUUGAUCAAGAAGUCAUGGACCUAUGUCCUGGAAGACAAACUCAGGAUUGGGGUCAUCAUCUUCAUCAAGUUAUUCAAAGCCUUCCCAGCCUCCCAGCAGCUCUUCGAGAAGCUCAAGGACUACACAGACUUCGAAGAGCUUGCCCGGAACAAGAAGAUGAAAGCCCAUGCUACCAGGGUCAUGGCUGCACUCACAUCACUGGUAGAGAAUAUUGACCAACCUGACAUCCUUGACGAACUGCUGCGGAAUACCUCAGUCACACAUUACAGAAUGAGAAUGCCACCACAUUACUUUGAGGACCUAGGCGGAGUAAUAAUCGAGGCACUGGUAGAAAAUUUGGGAGAUAAAUUCACGCCUAAGACGAAAGAAGCAUGGCUGAUCUACUAUGGAUACAUGUGUAGAAUAAUGCUGGAAGAAAUGGAGGAACUGGAACCUUCGAACGACGAUGAUUAGAGUCAAGACACAAUACUAACUAUAUCUUUGAUGAUCAGGUUGAUGGUGUAUGGAUCUGUAAAUAACUCCUAACAUUUUUUCACAUGUGAUAUAAUCAGAGAGUAAAGGAUGAUUUUUACACUAUGAAGUGGUUUAUAUAAUUAUUUACUAUAAAUACAACGUAUGGCUGUAUAUGAACAUCAUUGAUCGUAUAUAUUGGAAGCUUAUUUCUUGACGGAAACACGUUUUUAGCUCUAAUAGGUCAAUAUUUUAUUAAUAGCGUAGCAAUAUCGUAUUCAGUUAGUUUACGUCAGGUUGAGUCGACAUAAUUGCAAAAUAAUUCAAAUAAAUCUGUUUAAUAGCUUUUCAAAUGUGAUCAGGGAAAAUGUAUCGAAUUUAUUUUUAAGUAUACGUAGUUUUAGACAGUUUUGUGCAUACAAGACACUGCAUAGAUGAUGAUAUGACAGAUGAACCUCAUUCAAACCAUUGGAAGGGACAAGCCGGAACGUUCGUAGAAUUAUGUUACCAUUACAAUUAUCUAAACUAUGCUUGGUAAUAGGGGGAAAAGAAGUUGUUAAUUUGAAUUUUUAAUGCAGCAAUCUUUGAUAUUUUUCUGUUGAAAUAAGAUAUGAGUAAACAGAUAUUUACCCCUGAUUCGACCGUUUCAGGUGUAGUAUGCACAGCACCUUAAAAUGGACCAAUAACCAACAGCAAUUCCACUGAUGGAAUUGCUCAUUUUAGGUGAUUGUAUAGCCAAGCAAAAUCCUUUACAUUUAUCAUAAUUAUGCAUCACUCAAUAAUUUUUUUGCUUGGAAUGGUGUUGGUGGUCUUUAAAUGAUUAUAUUUCGAUCAUAACAAAAAGUGAUAACACGAUUGCAACUGAUUAAAAAAAAAAAAUUGAAGGUCAAUUUUAAUACCCUAUUGUAUAUCUCACAGAAAUGUUUUUUUAUCCCCCCCCCAAGUGGUUGUGAUCGUAUUUGAUGUUCUUUAAAGAAAAAAGGAAGGUAAACCACCUAGUCCAGUCAUGACUAAAGUGUUCACGCAUCCAUUUCGUGACCACCCGUCUCGUCUUCAAGAUUGCCUGGAUGCACACAUGUGCUGGUCAUCUGUCUCAUCUUCAAGACUGGAUGGACGCAUCCAAGGGCUGGUCAUCCGUCUCGUUUUCAAGACUGGAUGGAUGCACGCAUCCAAGGGCUGGUCAUCCGUCUCGUUUUCAAGACUGGAUGGAUGCACGCAUCCAAGGGCUGGUCAUCCGUCUCGUUUUCAAGACUGCCUGGAUGCACGUACCUAUAUGCUGGUCAUCUGUCUCGUCUUCGAAACUGGAUGGAUACCCGUAUCGUUGGUCAUCUGUCUCGUCUUCGAGACUGGAUGGAUACACGCACCAUUGUGCUGGUCAUCCGUCUCGUUUUCAAGACUGGAUGGAUGCACGCAUCCUUGUGCUGGUCAUCUGUCUCUUCUGAAGUCUGUGUAGCUGAGAGGCCGAAGACCUCAUGACCUAAUUGAUAUGAAGUGGUUGAGUGAAGAUGAACGAUUCCUUUUUAAAUGUUAUGACGUGUGAACAUAUGGUGGAUUCGUCAGAACCAAGGACUAACUAGGCCUCCCGAGGACAGCCUAAUGACAUUCUCUAUCUCUAGACAUUCUUCCCGUCAUGAUUCGAUCCUCGUUAACAAGAGAGCUCGACCUCGUUCAGUGGUUUCAUUUUAAGAUUCCAAAGGCAUUGACAAAAAAAAACGGCUGUACACAAUGCAUGAAAUUUUGAAAAGGGGAUACAUUAAAUUAUUAUGAUUUAGUAUUUAAUAACCCUUAAUCGAUGUAAAGAGCAUUCGAAAAGAAGAUGCAGCCGAUUCAAUGUAUGCAUCUACUCAUAUUGUGGGAAUCAGCCGUCUAUACCACGUGAUAAAGAUUAAUCUCAGUCAAGUAUUG